GGUCGUAACAAAUGUCAUGCCGUGGUCGUAACGAACGUCACCGCAUUAUCCAUUGUCACCAAGUCCAAACCCAACACACAGGAAAUCAGUCGCAUUGCAAAACUCCUUGCGUUUUUUGCACUGUAAGAAAGAAUAAGAACAGCAGCUGCGCCUCCAACUUCCUUCUGGAGCCAAGUUUUUUUUCGUAAGUAAGUACUUCUUUUGCAGAAGCCACUGCUAGUACAAAGAACAAAGUCUCAGACAGCGGACUUACAAGAGGGACAAAGCAAGACGAAAAUGACGGAUCUUUUCGUGCACCAGGAAGACGUGAAAGCCGGGGUUGAAAUCGGCGCUGCUGUGGGCGGUGAAAAGCAGAUCAUGAUGGACGAGCCGUCCAUCCAUCCAUCCAUCCAUCCAUCCAUCGACACGGCCGAUGUUGUUUCGAUGUCGACGAAGGCUGGUGGUGCCAACGCGGGUCAGGCUGAUGGGGAUUCGCAUCUUCCGGUGCCCAGAGUUUCGCCGUCCCAGGAGGCGGAGGACAUGAGCUUGUACCUUUUUUUUCCAGGAAUUAUUCUUUCUUUUUCAAAAGUUAAAGUUGUGACUUGAGGCCUUGGAAUUCUCUCCACGGUCAUUUGGAAGUUGCCAUUGGUAGACAGGGUUCGAUCAUAAAAGCGAAUCAUUUUAGAUGAUGAUGAUGAUGAUGAUUGCAACGAAGCGCAACUUUGAAGAAAAGAUAAUUAAAUGACCGAGAAAAAAUACUAAUUCCAGCUCGUCUGCGAAGCAGCAGGACGCGCAGCGUGUGGUCGAUCCGGUGGCCGGAGUUUUGCCGUCUGGCGGAGCGGCAGCCAUGGGCGUGUAUUUCACUUUUUCUCCUGUGGGUUGGUUGAUUUUCCUUCUGGAAUGUUUUCGCAAAUAACAACAAGGCGUCUGGUUUUGUUAUGACAGAGACAGUGACACACCCAUGGCGGAUUUUUCCAAAGAAUGAAAAAAAAUCAUAAAUUCCAGUUCGUUCGCGAAGCCGGAGGAAGCGCAGCGCGUGGUCGACUCGGUGGCCGGAGGUUCGACGUGCAAAGGAUCGGAGGCGAUGAGCUUGUACAUUGUUUUUUCAGAGUUCUGGGUAAAGUGCGCGACGUUUUUUACCUUCUUUCGCUAUCUUCAAAAAUAAAAAUUAGUAUCCGGUUUAGCUGCUACUGCCACACGAUAAUACUCGUUCUUACUGGUGCCUUGGAUGCAAACUGUUCAUCAAGAAGAUAUCUCCUUAGCCGUGCCACACGGUCGUGAAUGAAAGACGAUAAAAAUCGGAAAAAAAAUCCCCUGCAGGUUGUGCGCGAAGCAGCAGGAGUCGCAGCGUUUGGUGAAUGUCGUUGCGUACGGGACCAUGUCGCCUCACCUCGCUGACGCCAAGCACCACCCGGGGAGAAAGACUCCGGCCGCCGUCGAGAUGACCUCCAAGGACUCUGGCACAACCGCCGCGAUUAAAAUGUUCUUGCGCCAGUUUCUCUUCCGCGUCUUGUUCUUCGUCGUGGUGACCGCCACUGCCGGGGUGGGUUUACGGGUGUUGUUUCUGGCGUCGGCUGGCGAGGGGGCCAGUUCUUGGACGGCGUUCUUUCGUCCGUUGGGUGCGGGGGCUGGUGGCGCGGACGGAGCGAGCGGAGCGUCCUCCUUCGUGCAAGCUCGAAGACUUGGUGACCCUGAACUCUCCCAGUGGGACAUGUGGGCCAAGGAUGAUAUGAAGGUCGCGUGUGCAUAUGUAGAGUUGAUGGGAAGCGGUGCUACUCCUAACGACGUUAAAAAGGAGGCAGAUUGUAAGCGCUGCUACCAAAUCGACCUGGACAACAGGAUCGCUGCUCGGGGCAGCAUGCUGAACCAGCCGAACGAGCCUCUGAGAGACCAAUGCAUCGGGGGCGAAUGCGUGUUGAUUCUAGAGCACAAGUAUGCGAUGGGGCCGAAUGGACCAUGGUAUGAUCGCUGUGUCUAUUUCUCGAAAGAACAAGAAGAUGAAAUGGUCAUACAAGUCACUCAGAAGCGAGCGGAGGAGAACAAGCAGUCCACCACGACCACGGCUCCUAGUAAUAUUUUUUGACCAACUCCAGUUCUGGUAGCUGACACCUGUCUUCAAAAUCAAACCAAGCUACGAAGUCGACGUCCUCGAGAGUGUUUUGUAUUGUUCAUCCACAGGCAAAUACUAAGUUUUCUUUUUACGUAGUUUGUUCUAGUUCUUAAGCACAUGCAGAUAGAUGUCGAGUUCUUGAAUGUUCAUCUCUGAAUUUACGUUUCUUUUUGCCCACGCACUUUUUUUUUUCUUCAUCCCCCACUUGCAUUUACUACAGCUCCAUUCUUCGCACGAAAAAAGCCCUACUUCUCUCGUUUAUCUUUUAAAAGGAAAUCUUCUGAAUUGCUAUUCCCCAGAAUGAUUAUAUCAAUCCAUGAGUGUAGCCCCCGAGCGACAACAGUUUCGUUUUCUCCUGAUGUGUGGCCCUGGUUAUUACUUCGCGUUCGCGCUUGGGAGGACGUUUCAAUUGUUCUCGGAGGAUUAUUUCGACUUCCCCGAGCCGCGUUUUGUAGUAACUGGGCCUAACAUGAUGCUGUGGGUAAGGAACGAAGCUUAUCCCGACCAUAUUCAACGAGGAGCGAGCGAACGUCUCCUCCCUAGUUAGUUAGUAGCCCUUGUUCGCCCCCUACUCGAGAUAGCCUCUUCUUUUUUUAUCGUUUGUCAUUACAUAUUUUCAAAAUCUUUAAUUUCGUAAUUAUAAAUGCAACUUUUCGAGCGUGCCCUAAAGCUAAAGCUAAAGCCACCUGCAAGAACCCCACAAAACCCAAGUUUUCGACCACAACCUGAAAAAACAUCUCUAACAAGAAUCCCUGGAGAACAUGCCUAUCCUAAUCACCCUAGAUAAUUUUGCAAGUUUUCAGCCCUAAUAAAUCUUUUUUCGGCAACAGUAAUUUAGCGCUUCCAUUCUCCUAACGUAACCCCACAACCUAGUAACCCUAGUCACUCAUCCCUAGUAGCCCUAAGCUCACCUUCCCGUAGAAAAUGACGCCGAACUGAAGUAGCAGUAAACCGCUGGAGAGUACAAGUAUGUUGGCACAGCAACAAAGGAGGAGUUGUUCCGAUACGAAAAGGUAGGAGCAGUAGAUGAACUACCGCUAGAACGCACGAAAAGAAAUAGUCUUACAGCGUUGUUGAUUUGUAGUUCGGUGCGAAUCUCAAUCUACUACUACUUGUACUUUAUCAAGAUCAACACAAGAAAGAACACCAAGUGGUGCGAACAGGAAAACCCAACAACCCGCCCAUUAUUUUUCCCCCCUCCAAAUGGAACUAAAAAUUCCCAAAGAGAAAAUAUUCAAAACCAUUUUUCUCGUCCACCACAACGCCACGACAGAUGAACAGAACCGUGUGGGCGGACGAGGACGGAAGGAUGUGAUGACGUACCUGCAGCAUCCUUCUGUCCAUACUAUCGAGUUCGUAUGAAUGUGAAUCCUGUUUGUCGGUAAAAAAGCUGCGAUAACUCAAAGUUUUGUAAUGAAAACCGCGCAAAAAUAAACAGAAGUCCUCGAGAGGAAUCAACGAGUCAGUCUACUGUGUCACGUUGUGUCGG